AUGGCGAUCUGUAUAACCUUUGGAACUCAUGGUAAGUCGCCGCACCUCCAAGUGUUACAUAUAUUGGACCCUGGAGUGGACCCGACGCCUCACCGAGCUGAGGCGUCGCGUGUUUACGAUGUGGCUCCAUUGCCCCAUCUAUACCACGGGAGACUGACACGACCGCCAGAGUUCUCGAGCAUGCUCGAGGGCUAUGAGAAUGUCCGUGCUUAUUGUUACAACUGCCAGCACUGGAACGGCCACUGUGUUACUCGAUGGCCUUUCUUCACCGUGUGCUUUAUCCCUCUGAUUCCCCUCUCCACGCACAAGUACAAGGAGGUUGUAUGCUACACCUGCCGCUUCAGUCAAGACCUGCGGGACCGGCCUGAUAUCACGCCGGACACUCGAGCACCGCCAAACAUGCAAUGGGGACCACAGCCACCUCCCCAGGCGUACGGAGGUUGGCAGCAACAGCAAGACCCUAGCAAACAGCAACCUCCCCAGCAACCCCCCCAGCAACCCCCCCAGCAGCCGCCUCAGCAAGAGUCCAUGAACUAUAAGUAA